CCAUCCCCAGCCUGACAACCCGUACCACAUCUCGCCAGUUCAGUCUCUCUCCGAAGCGGAAAGCAUAUACCCUCUCGACCGAACGCGGAAAUAAAAGCUCCUCCUGCCACAGAACGCGCAGUCCGUCACCUCAUCAAGUGCGAUGAAUACCAUCAACGAAUUCGACAUACCGCCCAACAUCAAGUUUGUGCUCGGCGUCACCAGAUGGUUCUACAUGCCCACGAAAGACGGGAAACUUAUCCGCGCCGUCGCCGUGGAAUCCUCAGAGGCUGCCAAGUGGAUUGCCGCAUACACGUUGCUGCUGAUUUUGAUCUUCGCCGGGAUCGCUCGCCUGGUUAAAGAUGUGGUGUAUGGAUCCGCUCCCCGCUGUCAUCUUCGCUGGUGCCCCAACAUGCAUACAGUGUUACCUUCUUCCCCCUCCGUGGAAACGGAAAUCGAUACGCCAUGCUGGUCGGAUACCACAACACAAACGAUCUGGUCACGACUAUUCUGCUGGCUACGGCCUACUGUUGGAAGAUCUGCACCUCCGUGACCGGUGGUGGUCGCGGCCGCAUGGAAUGGAGCAUUUUCUGGCUGGGCGCCGGGCUCAUCUUACUCUCUCUUGGUCUACUCCUUGCCAACGCCAUGGGGGGUGUGCUCGUUCCUGGAAAUCUACGGAUCGGCAAUAUCGCCAGAGUGAACCCCGAUAUCAUAUUCUCGCCCACCCAGAAACAAACGCGUCCAAUCUCUACGAAUACGUGCAGCAAUUCCAAAGCCCCAAAGCAUUUCGCGCCAUGGUUGACCCAGUGCAGGCGAAGCUCGCCUUGACGGGCAAGUACCGAAUGAACUCCACUCCAAUCGAUCCGGACGGACCCGAGCCUAGGCUCAGAUUCAACUACACCUAUGAGGUCACCGGCCUCGAAUUUGGCUUACAGAGGGCCCCCGGGUUGAGAUACACGGUCACCCGCACGUGCAACACCAGAUACGAUUGGUACGACGCCAACAGCUCGACUGUUGACGAAGAAUUAUACUUCCCCAGGGAUCCGGACGAUUUACCUCUAGACCCGGAGUGCUUUUUUUUUGUUAAGAAUGAGACAACAGUUCCAACUGCUCAAUUUUACGCCCCUCCGACGAAUUCGAGCAUACGACCCUUUGUGCUUAUUCCGCAAACCACAAACCGCGAAAGCGAAACACGGAAUCUCAUUGAUCCGUGGUACCUAGCCCGGGACGUAGCGUUUCCGGACCAAGAGCG